AGUGAAAGGGAGAGCGCAAAGUAAGACGCCAGAAGACACAAACAGCCACACAGCAGCUCAGAGAGCGACAACGGCCCAAAAAAAAAGGGAAAAAAAAAGGAGGACGUGGAGCAUGGAAAGGGGCCCUUGCACCAAAGCGCAGGGCCCAGGACGGGGUCGGAGGUUGUCUCUCAGUGAGGCUGAGUCAGCAGAGCCUCACCUGUUGAAGUCGAGCACGGGGCCACGGUAGGCAGCCAUGCGGUGGGCUGACCCCCCUGCUUGGGGCUCGGCUCUGUGGGCCUUCCUGGUGCUUCUCUCGGGGGCGGCGUCAGAGCAGCUGAACGCCACCACGCAGCGCAACGGCGGCGGCUCCCAAUGCGGGGAAUACACCAACCAGCUGAUGGAGGACGGCAUGUGUCGCCUGGUGGCCACGCUACCGCAGCUGGACGAACAACGCUGCCCCGAUAUGUUCCGCUGCACGGACGAGGUUUCCUAUUGGCUGCACGAGAACGAAGAGCGCAAGCAGCAAAUGGCGGCGCUGAAGGAGACCAUCUCACAGCUGCGCGAGGAGCUGCGGAACCACCGGCAUCGCAUCAAGGCCUUUGAGAUGCAGCAUGACGACGCGAGCCAUUUCAACGCUACCUUGGAGCGUCGUUUCCAUGAGAUGGAGGCGCACUACGCCGAGGCCACCAGCCUGUUGCAUCUACAGGGAACGCUGAUCCUUAACCUGCAGAACCAAGUUCACAACCUCAGCCGAUUAGUGGAGGUGGUGAAGAAGAAUCCCGGGUGUUUGAUCAACAUCAUUCGGCCCAACUCUCUCAUGAGUACCCAGCAGGCAUUGCACCCGGCGAUUCAUCACAUGAGGAACUGUCCCAUCGACUGCGCCUCCAUCUACUACAACGGAGUGAGGAGGUCAGGCGUCUACACUGUGGUGCCGUCGCUCGCGGGCAUGCCGGUGGAGGUCUACUGCGAUAUGGACACUGAUGGUGGCGGCUGGACGGUGAUCCAGAGGCGGGUGGAUGGUUCUGUGAGCUUUGACCGCAGCUGGCGCGAAUACAGGGCCGGUUUCGGCGACCUCCACUCCGAAUUCUGGCUGGGCAACGACCACAUCCACAAACUGAGCGGCCAAGGGGACUACAGCCUUCGAAUUGACCUGGAGGACUGGAGCAACAAACACAAGCACGCGCUUUAUCAGCACUUCAGUGUAGAAGAUGAGGAGCACCGGUACCGUCUGCACGUGUCGGGCUUCAGCGGCAGCGCGGCGGACUCUUUCGGCUGGUACCACGACAAGCACGGCUUCAGCACACCCGACAGCGGCGACAUCUGUGCCGAAAUCUCCCACGGCGGAUGGUGGUACAGCCAAUGCUUCUAUGCCAAUCUCAACGGGGUCUACUACAGGGGAGGCCACUACACACCUAAGGCCAAAGGUCAGCUGGGCCCCGACGGGAUCGUGUGGCACUCGUGGAGAGACUCGGACUAUUACUCGCUACGCAAAGUCACCAUGAUGAUCCGGCCGCGCGCCUUUCGAAAACAUCGGUCUCCCUGACCAACCAUGGCAACAACAAUACACAAAAACUUAAUCCCUGGACACUUUUCAUGACGACUGAUUGUUUUUUUUGUACUUUUAGAUGUUUUUAUUUUUGUUAGUAUAUUGAGGAUCAGAGAAGAUCCAAAACAUUUUUGUUUGAAUUAUUGAUAACUAACAUGAGUGCACAACCGCAAAAAGUGUGUCAUGGAAAUUGUAUAUAUAUAAAAAAAUCCAAUCAAAUUACAGGUGCAGCUGAAUAAAUAAGAAAUGAGUAUUUUAAUACAAAAAGCCAAAGUCAUCUUACAGAGAUGAUAGUUUAUCAUGUAAUCGUAAUUUUUUUUUAGGUGGAUGCAUUUUUUGGUUUUCAUGAAUCGCAAGUUAUGAUAUGAAAAUGAAAUAAAAUUACACUGAGCAGUGUGUAGGCUUAAGAAAGAUGCUAGAUGAAGUUUGUUUGUUUAAUUAGGCAAUUCAGCGGACAACCCCGGAGUUUGAGCGGAAAGAACGGUUUGAAUUCCACAAUUUUGAAGCUUCAUUUUAUCAAUUUUUUUUUUAAACAAUCAUUCAUUCAAAAUCGUCAGG